UUUUCCCUUCUCGGGCGUUUCCGCUGUUUGAAAUACCGUCACACGACCCAUGGAGAGCCAUUGAUUGAUCGCAGAGCCGCCAUUCCGCCCUCCUCAAUGCAAUGCUGUUCCGAACGCAGUGACCGCAGUGACCCACAACUUGCCUCGGGCUCGGUGGUGCCGUACACGCCGAACCAUUGGUGGGAUGUCAUCUCCUCAUGUCGUACCCGCUCCUCCAGGCAAAGAGGGCCUUCACCAGAGGCCUUGGAAGAGUCGCUGCACAGCGAUUCCGCGCGAAGCAAACGCUUGGUCAGUCGCCACAUUGCGAGUUUGCCCGGGAAGACACACCUUCUGGCGUACUCCAUUGUGCACGACUGUGAGUCUGGGAACAGCACUGGGUCGAGGCUUCCUCGUGCCCACUUUGUGCCCUGCAACACGACUGCGGCCGUGCCGAUUGAGAACGAGAACUUCAAGGGAGAGGUCUUACUCCUAUAUCGGCCCACCGAAGGGCUCGAUCGGGGCCAUCCCUACUAUGAGCACUUCCGUCAUCGGAAGCGGAACUGGGAGCUCCGGCUCCAGGGGAAGUUCAAGAAGGCGCCUCGCGGGCAGUUGUUUGUAGGGGCAGUGCUGCGUGAUUUCAACUACGAUCAGCCAGUGGCCUCUUCAUCAAUCCUUGCAAUGAAUACUGCAAUUACGCUGGUGAAGUACCAGUAUAGGAUCUAUUUCUCCUGGGGAGCACGCUGUCAGGAAGCCUUGCGCACAGACGCUGAACUCGGGCAUGCUGUGUCGGACCUCACGGUCUUUGACCAGAUUAUCAUCACUCCAAAUGGGAGGCCUAUACCUCACAUUUGCAGUGACUUGGACGACCCCAGCGACAAAUACGGGUUGAGUUUGAUGCGGAGAGAUAUGGGUCUCUCUGAGUACAGUAAGAUGAUCCAGGAGAUUGAGGGUACACUCAAUACAGAGGACACCUACACGUUCAGGCUGUGGGGUCCUGCUCCAUUUCUGGAUGUGUUGAAUUGGCAGCUGAAGAUGGGAGCUCGAGUUAGCUUGGACCAUUUUAUGAAGGAUUUUCCGAUCCACGUUUGCAUGUACGACCUGCCAGCUUGUCACGAGAACGGCCAUGGCGAUCCGCGACACUUGGAGUCCAAGAAGCGCUACUACUUCGACUUCAUGGGCUGGAGCAACGUCGUCACCAUUGCUCCGGUUAUUUUUGACCGGUAUGUUUUCCACAGUGCACCAGAAGGGUUCGUGAUGCAGCUCAGCAGGCAGUUCAGCAACAACAGCUUCCAUUCCUUGCCGUCUGGAAGCUUCAUGUCGGUGGAUUCCACCGCCACGCGACCCUUUUGGCGUCGUUGGAUCGACCGACUCAGGUGGAUCCCCAAGUCCACGUGCAACUAUGCCUUUCCACCUUCGCCCAUGCGACUCGCAAACUCCGAGUGAGGCCCGUGGUCGAAAUCUCUUCAGCUGGAUCUUUUGAAAUCAAAGGAUGUUGAAACAUAGGGGCCAUCUACUGCAAAGGCAGUGCCAUCCUGGACAAUUUGUUCGGGAGGGCGCCAGAAUCCAAUCAUCAAAAGAGUUGCAGGCUUGCAUCGCUGGGCUGCCUUUUUCUAGCCGUUUUUCGCUUAG